AUGCAUUCCAUCUCCCCGGAAUCGACUGUGUCGACUUUGAUGGACGAGCCAAAGUCCUCUGCUCUGGUUUUGCUGCAGGAACAUUCUCUUGAGCUUACCCCAGAUGGAAAAUAUGUCCGAUGGCUACGUGAUCAUCCUAAACAUCCUCGCAAUUGGUCAACGCCACGAAAAACAUAUGACAUUAUCGUGAUAUGCUUGCUGGAUCUUUUCAUCACGGCAUCAAGCACCGCUGGAUCGGUUGCUGCCAAAAAGGCUGAGACUGAAUACAACAUAAGUUCGACGCUGUCUACAUUUUAUUUCGUGACCUUAUUCCUUCUUGGUCAGGUGGCAGGAUCCGUAUUAUUCCCACCCUGGUCAGAGGCAUUUGGGCGGAAGAAUAUGUACAUCUGGAGCAGCGGCCUAAGCGCUAUAUGCUGCAUGGUCAUUGGCCUCGUGCGCCCGAUGCCUGUGAUUAUCGCUAUGCGCAUCGUUGCCGGACUUCUCUCUGCGAUUCCUUACACCAUCAUUGGUGGCAGCAUUGAGGACAUGUUCAACUCUCGGGGUCGAAUCUGGGCCAUGUACUACUGGACCAUUGCAUCAAAUAUUGGGCUCGUUAUAGGACCCAUUCUGAGCAGCUUUGUCAUUGCGGCUCUUGAUUGGAGGUGGAAUUUCUACGUCUUCGCCAUCAUGAUCGCCUCGAUCACAGUUGCGCUUUUCUUCAUUCGCGAAUCUCGACCUUCACUGUUGCUGGCCGACGAAGUGAAAAAGGUCACAAGUUUGACUACCGUGGACUCAAUUCCACCACCGCUCAACCACGAUCACAUUCCCGGUCUACACGCCUUUGUGAGAGAGUCUUUACUCCGACCUGUGCAGUUGUUUUUCCGAGAGCCCAUACUCUUCCUCGUUGCAAUGAUGAUUGCCGUGUCCAUGUCACUCAUUUACAUAUUCACACAAGCACUCCAGCCGAUCUUCGAGUCUAUGGGCUUCAAAGAAACAGACGCUUCACUGAUAUUCAUUGCCAUUGCCUUGGGAACUCUUUUGAGUGCAUUUACCCGUGUGCUGGAUGAAUACAUCCUCAACUACCUCCGCAAACAGGGUCGCACUAUCAAACCAGAACACAAACUCGUUGGCUUAGCGCUAGGCGGUCCAACCUUGGCAAUCGGUCUAUGGUGGUUCGCUUGGACUAUUCCACCUGAUGUCCAUGCCCCAUGGAUUGUUCCGGCACUCUCCCUUGUUUUGGUCGGGUAUGCUCUGACAGAACUGGACACUGUUCUAUAUGGAUACAUCUCAGAUAGUUAUCUGAGCUACUCUGCCAGUGCCUCUGCAGCGAUCGCUUUCAUGCGGGCAUUGCUGUCUGGUACUUUCCCACUCUUCACGGAUCAAAUGUUUGAUGGAUUGGGGAAUAAUGUUGCCAUGUCCGUGCUGGCUGCUGUGGCGACUGCAUUCUGUGUGGUACCGCCUCUGUUCAUCAUCUAUGGUGAGAGGAUUCGUCAGGCUAGCAAGUUUGCACGGUAUAGUUGGGAGAUGCAACAGGAGCUCGGUAAAGACGAGGAUGAUUUCUGA